AUGAUUUCUGUUUGCACAGCCAUUCGACAGCUUACAAGCGCGUGUGUGUCUACAGUCGAGUCCCCAAAGGAAGCGAACAAUGGGCAAGUACCGUCCUUUUCGUCGUCGCGUGAGCUGGGUCGUUUUUCGGCACCCGAAGGUCCGCCUUUUACAGGCCCCGGCACGCACAUCGCGCGAACGAGCCGAGCGAAUCUGGCGGGCUACACGUCACUUGAUCGUUUUACGAGGUCUGUAGAGAAAAUAUCGACUCUGCGAGUGCUUAAACCGCGUGCAGGCGAGUGCGUGGGUGGCUCCAUGGAUGCGUUACUAGGCGUGCAGUUAGUAGCCUCGUCACACCGUGACUUUUGCGUUUGCGUUAACUUUGUGCUUCCUGGCAGUAACGCCGAGGUACUUGGUAUUCAUCCAGCUGCCCUGGUAAUUGCUAUUAACGGCAAAUCCAUGCGCGGUGUGAAGCUACAGCAUGUCCUUGCAACGAUACGACGUGCACUUUUUGCUAAUGAUGUUAGCAAUUCGGAAACGUAUAUUGAGGUACCAGAUAUCGGUGAGUACAUUGAGAUUGAAUUGGUUCAACGAGAGCACGAGAUGAAUGUUGACCGCAACCCUUUCGCACUCACGAAGUUUCCAUCACCCCAAGGUCAGCAUUUGCCGGGUGUAAAGUGUUUUCAGGAGGAUGCUGACCCAGUUCUGAGACAGGAGCUCAUGCAGAAUCAUGAUACGAACUCACCGAAGCUCGGAAGGCAAAGAUCCAGGUCACUAAAGCACUUCUGGAUGUCAGACCGAUCGAGCAAAGCCUGCUACGAAUGCGAGCAGUUGUUCACUUUUUUUCGGAGAAAGCAUCAUUGCCGUUCGUGUGGUCAAAUUUUUUGCGCAAAUUGCUGCACACGAUUACCGCAGUCAUUUGGCGGGAACAAAGUCGAUGAGUUUAUUGAAAGAAUGAGAAAGCAGUUGGUGUGUCACACGUGUCAUCGCCAACUACGAGAAGGACUACAGAUGGAACUCACAGGUGCUAAUUUUGAGGACAAUGUGCAGAAUACCACCAAUUCGCCGCCAGGUCAGACCCUGCUUCUCAUGCCAGAGCACAUUGCCGAUGCGAUGAAACGCUCGACGUCUGACGCAUCCAAUUAUAAGUGCUUGGAAAAGCCGGAGUUGUUUGACAAGGACGAAAUCAGCGAUGAGAUGCGAGUGACGGAAGCGCCUGAAAAGUCUCGACCGCCGGUGCUGUUUAGUAUGUUUCCGAAGGUACAGAUUGUCGCAAGUGCACAGCAUUUGGCUCACCAGCCGCAUUUGCAUGAUAUAACGACGGAAAAUGAGAAAUCAGGUCACGGCGCGGGUCACAGACCAAGAACCUUAAGUGAGCCGCAGAUUUUGUUGGGAAGGAAGGAUGCUCAGCAUGCAAGUCAGAAGCUAAAGCGCUUGAAUAGCCAGGCAGAUUUAGGGAACCCAAGUAAUCAUAGGUGGAGUGAGACAGAGUUCAAGCGUCUUGUUGCAGAGUCAAACGCUCAGGCUCGACUUGCCGGUACAUUUCCCCCCGCUUCGAAUGCUAUGACAAUGCGUCCGAAGGCGAUGUCUGCGUCAUUUGACACACCGCGAUUUGGGAUUGCAGUGCAGCGAGAUCCCUUUGGCUGCACCAGACAAACACCGAAUAAUGUUGGCAUUCUUGCUAUGAUCGGACUAUCUAAAAAUGCUCACAAUGAAACAGAUGACGCGGAUCUUGUUUCUAGAAAAGAAGCUGUUCUAAAUCAAAUGUCAAAAGAUGCCCGCAAUCGUCUAGAAGAACGUAUCCUUCAGUUGCUGGACAGCUCUCCAGCAGUGUCGCAAGAGCUGAUGGUCGAACAACAUCGAUGGAUGCAGAUUAUUAGCUUGUUUGCUCAGCGAGCUGCAUUUUCGGUAUCUUGCGAACCUGACAGGGGAGACUCUCUGGAUAUUAUGCAAUAUGUUCGAAUACAAUGUCUUGAUGGUGGACACGUGCAAGACAGUUUUUUUAUCGAUGGUGUUUUCGUUCACAAGAGUUUGGCACGCAAAGGCAUGAGGAGCGACAUCCUAAACCCUCGUAUUUUGCUUAUUGCCUCGGCAUUAGACUAUCAACGCAGAAAAGAUGCAAUUUCAUCGCUGGAAAGUGUUGCUGGUCAAGAAUUGGAGUACAUGCAUAUUGUCACAGAGAAAAUCCUAACUCUGAAUCCUGACAUUGUAAUUUUCGAAGGCCACGUUCAUCGAGUUGCCGAAGAACUUCUUUUUAAAGCCGGUGUUUCCGUUGUGAAGAAUGUACGAUUGCUCGAUUUACAGCGUAUUGCUCGCUGUACGGGUGCGUCUGUGUUGACAUCGUACGACCACAUUGACAAAAUGUCAGAUGUCGGGGUCGUCGGUACUUGUAAACGAUUUUAUGUGCUGUUAAGCGAUCAAGAACCGAAAAGUGCCAAAAACAUUGCUGCUGGGUCCAAUGUGGAUUAUUUUCACACGGUGGAAGACAACGCUGCAAUUUCUCAGAAGCGGAAGAAGCGUACUCAGCGCCAAAAUAUCGUAUUUGAAGGAGUUAUAACUUCAAAGGGAUGUACGCUGUGUUUGCGUGGAGGCUCACCCGAUGUCUUUACAGAGAUUACGAAUGUGUUGACCACAAGUAUUCGUGCUGCGUACAAUAUGCGGCUGCAAAGAUCUUUGCUGGCAGCUUUUGGAUACAUUCCUCCUUGUCAAAACCACGAGCGAUCUGUUGCAGAAGAUUGGUUCGCGAAGUCGUCAACUUCAAUGUACUUGUCGCUAAAAUCAAAUUCAUUGUCGAUGCGAGCCGCAUUGAAGGAGACGCAGGCAAUGUGCAAAUGGUGCAAAGCGCACACACGUUUUAACAAUAUUAGUUCUCUUCGAGGAGUCCGGGGAACAGAAGAUGACAGUAGCUCAGCAAGUGCUUCCGUUUUUCAAUCCAGUCAUCUUACUUGGUGCUCCUGCGGAGCUAAGUCGUCCCACUCGCUUAGAGAUCGCAUCCUCUUUUCGACCUGCUGGAGCACAUUGGAAGGAAAAACCGCAUCAAAAGCAGACAUGAUGUGCAUCGACUUCUACACCUCAAAUGACAUGUCUGUUGGCCAAUUUCUCGACAAAUUCUGUUUUUCAAACAGUAAAAUUGAGUUUAAACGUGCGUUUAUGUCGUCGAAGCUGUCUUUCUCCCAUGACACUUGCCGUUUAAUUGUGCGGGUGAAGGAUUUGAGUAAUUAUAAGGAUACUAGUGAUCAGCUGCCCCCGGCUGAAUUUCUUCGAGGGUUUACCUACCGCGCUGUUUUGCAACGGAUUCGUUCAGACGAAGUGCUUAUGUGGUCGCGCAAUAUAAGCGGUGGGAACUCAUCUACUGUUCUUUCGUCUAAAUUCUUGGUGGUUCCGAGUGACACGUGGAAUUACUCCUUUGGUAAGUUUUUGGAAGAUAUGUUCUACGGAAAAGCUAUGGACAUUGACUGCGUCCGCUUUCCCCAUUUGGCCGGCGUUAAUGGAUCCCGAGAUGCAUCACUAGUCCAUUAUUUCUCUCGCCAAGGGCGAGUGGUUAGUAUACACGUCGAACCCCUUGAGCCUGUACUUCACGUUGCGUUGCAGCCAGCACUAUGGCCGAACCACAUCGAUCUCCAGGUCCAGCUUGAUGCUAUCCAUGACCUUUGCGAUCUUGUUCGUGAAGUAUACGAUGUAACAACUUCAAAAGUCGCUGAAUCAAUGGCAGAUUUAGUCACACCGCUUCACGCGAAACAAAACUUAAAAAUACUGCGGAAUGAAGUCCAGCAGUGGUAUUCAUGUUUUGGAGCGAAAAUUGAAUCAGACCCACCACAAGACGUGUUUGCAUACAAUGCUCACUUUCGGGAAAUUUACGAAUACGCUGUUGGGUGGAGUUUGCGUAUUACACGAGCCGUGCAGGCGACAGUGAAACCUACGAUGGCAAGCUUCGUGAGUAGUCCAAAGAGCGCUCUACCUAAGGCUUGGUUUGAUCAAUUGGCCCAACAAGCGGAAUCUUGUGAUCGGUACAACGUACCUCUUACGCCAAGUGUGCUUGAAAUGACACCAGUGAACCUCAACUUCCAAGAGCCUGGAAACUUAGCGCACCUUGCAAGCUUUGCACGCUGUUUGGCAGCUGCAAAGCAUGCUUCGCCAUCCACAGGAAUGGCCGAGGUUGCUAACGAAGUAGCCAACACUUUGAGACAGAAUGGAUUGACGAGCUCUCAUCAAUCCGAGCCAUGGGAUACGGAUGAUAGCUACGAUCGUUAUGAUGAAUCGAGUCACUCUUUUCCUGCCGAUUAUAAGAUAGAAUCGGACACAUUUCCGGCAGUCCCAUCUUACCAACAGUCCUUCUCGAUGAUGGGUACUUCCGGUCAUGUGUCCUCGACGAUAGGAGCUCUUUCCUCUAGAACAGUUAUCGAAAGUUUUCGACUAACGCAACAAGCAAAGAAGUCUGACGGUCUGGGGUAUCUUUCCUUACCGAAACGCCUUCUUGAAUGGCACCCCAGCUUACCGCUGGGGGUGGAUAAAGUUACAGUCUUGGUAAAUGCAAAGCAACCCACUUCGGUGGUGGCGUACUCGCUCUUUUCUAAAGAGUACAGCCAGUGCAUCAAAGAGAACAUGCAGAAGGAAGAUGCACGAUAUGCCUUCGAAUCGAACACAAACGGGAUUCCUUCUUUGUCCAAUUGUGAUCAAUCCGAAGAGAUCAGAAGCAUGCUACGUACUCUGCGAUCCGUAACGCGUAACAACGUUGACCACACUUUUGUCGAUGAGAAUCAAUUUCAGUCUGCCAUGCGUUUCAGCUGCAAGUCUUACUACGCUAUGCAAUUUCACGCGCUUCGAAAACUGUACUACGGUGGGGAUAGAAAUUACGUAGAAUCGCUUUGCAACUGCCAACAAUGGAUUGCAGCAGGCGGAAAGUCUGGAGCUGGUUUCCUCAAGACGCGUGAUGAACGAUUUAUCGCGAAGGCCAUUCCGGAAAUCGAGCUGCAAAUGUUUUUGAGCAUGGCGAACGAAUACUUUUGUUACAUGGCGAAAACCUUCGAGAACGAUCUGUCAUCCAUGCUUUCGAAAGUACUUGGUAUAUAUAAGGUUUCAAUCUCAAAUACAACUCAGGGUGGGACUAGCGAUCAAAACGUCCGGAUGUGUAUAAUUGUGAUGGAGAAUUUAAUGUACGGGCGCGAGGUGGACUUUUCAUUUGACCUCAAGGGUAAGAUGGAAGGACGCUACAAAGAGGACUACAAUGGCAAUAGUCGUAGCGUUCUAUGGGAUCGCAACUUUGUGGAGCUAGCGGGUGGAAUUCCGUUGCCGUUGCAAGAGUCUGCGCUAUCGCUGCUUUUGUCUGCGAUUAUAAACGAUACAACCUUUUUAGCGUCCGUCCAAGCGACCGACUACUCUAUGCUGGUAGGCUACGAUGUCAACAAACAGGAGCUCGUGGCUUGCAUAAUUGACUACAUACACAAAUAUGAUUUCAUGAAAAUGAUGGAACACGCUGGCAAGCGACUGAUUCAAGAGGAAGGUGAGAUCACCGUCCUUAAUCCAAAGCACUAUCGCAAACGCUUUUGCUUGGCUAUGAAUAAGUACUUUGUCACAAUUCCAUCGCGGUACACGAAGGUGACCACUGUCGGUCGUAAUACAGCGUCGAACAAUGCGACAUUCGGUAGCUCGGUGGCAGCUAUCCAAGAGGAUGAUAGAGACUACUCGCAGCCUUCAUACAGCACCACUGGCACGUAUGCCAGUAACGUGAAAUUAACUAAGUCAGCGGAUCAAGUGACUCACGAGAUGGAAUCGCUAUCAAAUCGUUUCUUGCAGGAAGAAAGAAAGGUGGAGCAAAACUACUUGCAGCACGGUCAAGAGAUAUCAUUUGAUGCUCUGCGGCGCAAUGCACGCCAGCUCUUUCGCAUGUUUGACCGGGAAAAGUCAGGCUCAAUCAGCUUUGAAGUAUACAAGCAGAUGCUAGCAUUCAUGAAAGUUGACUUACUAGAGUCAAAAGCUUAUCGCUAUUUCAAACUGGUUGAUGAGCAGAACAAAGGCUUAAUUGAUGAACGGGAAUUCACUAUUGCGAUGUAUGUCACAUACAUACGCAAUCUGCUGAAAAAGCAGACGCAUGAAGUGACCAUAACAAGCUACUCAAUGCUCUUGAAUACGAAAAAGCACUGGAAACGCUCGGUGUGUGUCUGUCUCCUAAACGCACUCGGAAGGGCUUGUGGACGAAAAAAGACUACGAAGUUAAUGCGGCAGACAUUGCUGGAUAUGAUUUAUCGAGAGGAAGAGGAAGAGCUCAGCGCAACGCUUCAAGUUAAGGAAUCAGUAUCUCACAUUAAAAAUGAACGCCCAGCUAGACAGAAACGUUUGCGACGAUUGGGCCAGCUGCAACGACGUGCUGCUAGUUUUGCGCGAACGAAGGACCAAUUGGUCAAAGAUAGACAAGCUCAUGAAGAGCAGCGAUUGCUUGAUUCGGCUGACAACGAGGGUGAGAACUGUGUGAAUCAUGAAGGCGAAAUGGAGGAGCUGAUGGUGUCAAAUCUGCAACUUCAAGCCCGUUCAGGCGACGACACCUUGGACUUACGUGGUCAACAGCUAAAAGAGUUCUCAUUUUCACACGACUUGUAUCCUGGUAAAGAUACCCCUUCAUCCAUUUCUGGUCUUAUCAUCUUAGAUUUGUCACACAACCAGCUGCAAAGUCUUCCAAGCGAUGUUUUCACGCAUCUAAUCGCGCUACAAUCAUUAGAUAUCAGUUAUAAUGAGCUAAGUACAUUUCCAAAAGAAAUUGGAGAACUAAGGAAUUUGAAGCUCUUAAAUGCCCGCAGUAACCGACUGGAAAAUGUUUCAGUAGCUCUGACAAAUCUUCAUGAGUUGCGUGUACUGCAUCUUACGUACAAUCGGAUCACAAGCUUUGGCGAUAAUUGUCAAGGUCUUUGGUCAUUAGAGGAACUAAAUUUGGCCGACAAUAUGCUUGAAGGUCUUACGGAUGAAGUUGGUGAGUCUCUUGUUAAAUUAGCUCGGCUUGAUCUGCGCGGCAAUCCUACUCUCAAACGAAUACCUAAAAGCUUACAACAACUUCAAGACUUAAAAGUUUGGGAUCUAAGUGCUUGUGAGCAAAAGAGAAUUGGCAAAGAAAUGUUUGGUCCAAGGCUUCAGAGUCUUCGUAGCCUGAACUUGUCGUAUAAUUUUCUUUCAACGUUGCCAGAUAGCAUCGGCACAAUCACUUCUUUACAAGAGUUGAAGCUUGAAAAUAACGCUCUUUUGUCGCUGCCUUCGACAGUUGCAAAUUUAUCUGAACUGGUCAUUCUGAACUGUAAACGUAAUGCGCUUCAAUGGCUCCCAUCAGAAUGUGGAGAGCACUGGGGAUUGCUCGAGGUGCUUCAACUUUCGCACAAUCGUCUUGCUGCUUUGCCUGUCACGCUGGGAAUGCUACGCGUCUUGCGAGUACUUCAUCUCUCGAGUAACUGUCUAACAUCGUUACCACUUGAGCUUGGAGCUUUGACUAGCCUUCGUGAAUUUAAUGCAUCUUGGAAUCAACUAGCAUCCAUACCUGAUGAAUUUGGGUGUCUCGAAUCAUUAACAUCACUUGAUCUUUCCCACAACCAAAUAUCGAAACUUCCUGAAACAUUAUCUAUGCUGAAUGGCUUGACAUGUCUCCAAUGUUCACACAAUGCACUCACAACACCACUUGAACCAAGUUUGGGUAAUCUAAAGCGCCUACACUACUUGGAUUUGGGAGAAAAUCGUCUUGUUGAGUUCGAGCCAUGUAUGUAUCAGCUUCCGGAAUUAAACGUGCUAAAGCUAAAUGGAAACAGGAUAUCGAUGCUUCCUCGCGAAAUGGCUCAACACUGUAUUGCACUUCGUCAACUAGACUUGUACAACAAUCACUUGCAAGCGUUACCAUUAGAACUGGCUCAUCGGCUUUUAAAUCAGCUCGAAGUCUUCUCAAUUGGACGCAAUCCGUUCACGCUUUUACCGGAAAAAACUAGCUGUACAUGGGACCUAAAGGAUCAAUACUCAGCAAGCUGCACAAAUGAAUAUACUCCUUCUGAGGUCAAAGAAUGGGUAAGGGAUGCUAGCAUCUGCUACCCAGUAUUUGUACGUGUUUGGGAGCAGCUCGUGGCUGAAUUACUCGAAUCUCAGACACUGCCUUUACUUGAUAAAAGUUUUGAAGAUGGAAAGAAGACCGAGACAAAAUUACUACCGACAAGCCGUGAGUUCUGUCAGCGCGUGGAAUCCAUGAUGCGUGCUAGUAGUGAUAAAGAUAAGCCAGAGGGGAUGUGGCAACCACGGUACGAACGACUCGCUCGGCACUAUUUCUACGAGGUUAAACACGUCGGUCAUACUGCUGUAUUUGACGCAUCGACUCAUCAAACGCUUCAGAAACGAAACGAGGAAAUCAAAAUGACCUUGCAGAGUCUUCGGUUGGAACGCGCAGCGAUUGCCAUUGAAAAAUGCAAUCAUCAACGAGCACGUUUAAAAUCCGUGUAUGAUACAGACAGGACGGUAUUGGAAAUAGCCAUGAUACAGGCACGAGAAAAGCAUAAUAAUCACGAGACUUUGCUUCUUCAACACGCUCGACAAGACACACGCGCUUUCAACGCACUACUAGAAAUUCAGGUCAAUGUCGCGCAGCAAAGACAUGAGGAAGCACAGAAGCUUCAGCGUGCAAGGUUUGCAGAUGAAAUGAAACGACUAGCACGCGAGCGACUACAGACAAAGCAACAGCUGAGCUUAAAAAAUUAA